ACAAUCACAACAAAGUCGCAUUGGUUCUUCUGUUCAUCGGAAUUUUGACUUCUCGAGUUUCUUGCAUUGUGAACUCCUCUUAGCGUGGAAAAUGAAUCGUGGAGGCGACGCCGCUUUGCAGCAAUUUAUUGCCGCUGAGACGGAAAAACAAAAGUUUCAGAACAUCAUUCACGAAUUGAAUGAAAAGUGCUGGGACACCUGCAUGGACAAGCCCUCCAAUAAAUUGGAUUCCAGGACAGAAAGCUGUCUAAAGAACUGUGUCAGCCGAUUCUUGGACGCAAACAUCCUCAUCACCGAGCGUUUGGAGAAAAAGGCCACGGAGAUGCUCAACAACCACGAUUCAAUGUCUUUAGAGUAGGAUCGUGUCAGAGUGCAACAUCAAGUGUCCGGAUAAUGUUAGGGAAGGCCUGGCAAUUUGCGCGGCGGCACAAGACAAAAAUAGCGGCUGUGAGUGCGAUAACGGGUGGGUUGGUUUUGGCUGGAAAAUUAGCCGAAAGCAAAUUCAAGCAAUGGCAAGAGGAAGAGACCAGGAAAAUGC